CAGGGACUGUCACUAGCCCAUCCGUUGCCCUGACUCUUGCCCUUGGAGGAAGCCAGUCAUGGGGGAAACGGGCAAAGAAGAGUAUAAAAUACAGUCGUUCGACACCGAGACUCAGAAGCUGCUGAAAACAGCCCUCAAAGACCCCAGCAAUGUGGACCUGGAGAAAGUGGCCAAUAUUAUAGUGGACCAGUCCCUCAAAGACUGUGUGUUCAGCAAGGAGGCAGGGCGCAUCUGCUACACCAUCAUCCAGGCGGAGAGCAAACAAGUCGGCCAGAGCAUCUUCCGGAGGAGCCUACUGAACCGGCUGCAGCAGGAGUACAAGGACAGGGAGGAGCUGCGUACCCGCUCGCUCCAGGCAUGGAUCUGCUACGUCACCUUCAUCUGCAACAUCUUCGACUACCUGAGGGUGAACAACAUGCCCAUGAUGGCUCUGGUGAACCCCGUUUACGACUGCCUGUUCCGGCUGGCACAGCCCGACAGCCUGCGGCAGGAGGAAGAGGUGGACUGCUUGGUCCUACAGCUCCAUCGCAUCGGCGAGCAGCUGGAGAAGAUGAACUCCCAGAGGAUGGAUGAGCUCUUCUCCCUCCUCCGGGAUGGCUUCCUGCUGCAGGAGGGGCUCAGCUCCCUGUCCCAGCUCCUGCUGCUGGAGAUCAUCGAGUUUCGGGCUGCUGACUGGAAGAUGACGGACGCUGCUCAGAAAUACUAUUACAGCGAAGUGAUGGAUUAACCGCUCUACAGAGGAGGUGUAGAGACGUCCCCAGCACUUUCACCAGCAAGCUUCAUACCAAGUUUGAAUUUCUUUUCACGUUAAUGUUUUUCUAGCACUUCCGAUAAAUAGGAUUUAUGCUGGCUGGAGCCUCUGGGCAUGUAACUGUCAGGCGGCAACCGGUGCUAGGCUGACUGUGGAGGUUUGGAGAGGUGGGGAGGGCAGGGCAC